AUGACUUAUCUAUCAACUCUUAAAGCUUUGGCUAUACUUAUGUUGUUCGUGGUUGAAACAGGAUCCAUCUCAUGUCGCCUACAGCGACACAAAGUAUCAGCUUUCCUGGGUGAAACCGCCCACCUCAGCUGUCCCUUCACUGUCCCAGCCGAGGAACAGAGAGGAUUCGUCUCUUGGCAAAAAACAGAAACUGGGGGAGAGGUGGUCGUGCAUUACCAGAAUGGGGAACAAAACGAUAAUGUGCAAAGCCGUGCGUAUACUGGCAGGACACGGCUCAGGGGAGAAUGGUUAAGUGAAGGAAAUGCACAGCUGGAGCUGCAGAAAGUACAAGGCGGCGACGCUGGUGAAUAUAGCUGCUGGGUGACCCUACUCCCAGUGCGAGCAGGCAGUCAGCGUCAAUGCUCUAAAGUGACACUGAAUGUAACAGAGGGACACCCACAACAGGAGACAGGUGAGCGCAGUUAUGCCGAGAAUGGUUUUCCCAUCAAUAGCAGUUUCCCCCAGCGCUCGGCAAUCUCUGGCGCUCCGCCCCCGCUACUGCUAUCUGCCCCAUUUAGAUUUCAAUUGUCCUAA